AUGAACCAGUCAAAUCCAAUGCCAACACCAAUGGUGUCUUCAUUAAGAUUGCACAAGAAUGACUCAGAAAUUUUUGACGACCCUAAGAAGUAUCGAUCAAUUGUUGGAGCACUACAAUUUUUGACCAUCACACGGCCGGAUAUUGCUUUUGCAGUAAAUAAGUGCUCACAGUUCAUGCAUCAGCCAACAAUUGAACAAUGGAAAGCUGUCAAGAGAAUCUUGAGAUACUUACAAGAUUGGGCGACAGAUUUGGAUGAUAGAAGGUCUAUCAGUGGCUAUUUGGUGUUCUUAGGAAGCAACCUCAUUGCUUGGAAGUGUGAAAAACAAUCGGAAGUUAGCAGGUCGAGUACCAAGGCAGAAUAUCGAGCGGUUGCCUCUGCUCAAACGGAAGUGAUGUCUAUACAGCAGUUUCUUCAAGAGUCACAAGUUUCACAACAAGUGACACCAAUGAUCUACUGUGACAAUCAGAGUACUUGUCACCUAGCUGUGAACCCAGUUAUGCAUAGCUGUUGCAAGCAUCUUGAAACUGAUCUACAUUUUUUGAGAGAGCUAGUUAAUAGAAAGUAA